AUGCAGUCUCACUCGGAGAAGGACAAUGUCAAGUUGGACACGUUGAGCCAGCUCGAAGCGCAUUUGAUCGAGGACAAUGUGGCUCUUCCGGAAGACAUAUUCAGCUCGUAUCCCAGUUAUUUGCUGUACGAACUGGCACAUUACAAGCCAACAAUGUCUCUUUUCAUGGUACUGAUGAUUUUGAUUUCAUUGACCGUCGUUUUCCGUGAAAACUUCACUUGCCUUGUCAUUUUUUUAGCAUCCAUCGUCUUGAUUUGUUGUCUUUCACCCGUUGCAUUAUGUCCCUUCGAGGAACAGAUAAGCGAAGAACUCUACCAAAUUAAGCUUCUACUGGAGGUGAUAACUCGCAAGCCCGCGGUGAGGGGAAGGGAAUGGAGAACUAUCACGUACAACAUGAACCAGUAUCUGUUUGACAACGGGCUAUGGGUACUCCAUACUACUUUUACUCCGAAAAGACUUUUUAUCAUUAUUUUCUAG